AUGACAACAGCGCUUAGACUAUCGACCAUCUCAUUACCCCAUGAGUAUACGGCUUUAGUAGUAACCGUAGCAGGCGUAGUCAUCACACCCGCAUUUUUCGGAUGGGCGUAUCUGCGAUAUCUUCAUCGACCAUCUAGACAGCUUUUGGGUCUAUGCAUUUCUGUACUUAUUGCAUUCUCAGUUCAAAUAAUACGGCUUAUUGGCUCGAAUUAUGGCGACUAUAGUAGAUCCGUCUCUUCGUCACUGUCUAUAAAUAUAUAUUACCCCGGAGUACUGUUUUAUUGUAUUAUGCAAACGGGUAUAAUGCGCAUGUUUCUGCCCUAUCAUCUAAGGCAUUGGGCCUUUCGUGCUCAGAUCGUAAUAGGCGUCAUUUACUGCUGCGCGAGUCCUGGUACAGUAUGUUAUUUGGCCAAGAUGGUUAUUAGAAUGUAUGCAAAUCAAGAGCAUAGCGAAUUCACCGAGGCAGUCAAACACGGAAUUCGUAUCAAUCAAAUCUGUCUUAGUAUUGGAGUCAUUAUAAUCGUCCUAGCAGACUUUAUUGCCAUUAUUCUGAUGCUCUUUUUUGUGCCUCGAGAUGUUUCUCAAAGUACUUCGGUACUGAUUCAAAACUCGUACAAACAGAUUGGAUUUGGUUUGGCACCAUUCCAUACAAUAGGUGGGACCAUUCUAUUGGAGCGAAUGAAGGACUUUAAAAAUAUUGCAGAGCACUAUCGACUUAAUGCAAUACAAAAGUCACUUUCCAACCAGAAACAAAGCCCUUUAUCUUCUAAUGCAUUUCAUAUUCCAAGAAAAGCAGGACCUUCGGUUAUUAAUAGUUCAUCACCCCGUUCUUCUACUCAGAUUCCUCGUGCUAAUAGCGCACCAUCAACUACCUGCGCCUUCACUACUACAAACUAG